AUGGAUUUUAAGCUGAUGGACUUGGCAAAGAUGUUCGACAAGUCGCUGUUCAACUCGUUUCAAAUAUCGAAUUCUGUCUGCUUAGGCGAAAACGUUAUUAUAUCGCAACUUGGUGUUAAGGGUCUUGUCGGAUACUGGAACUUUGACAAACUCUACCCCGUUGACGAGAGCGGAAACGGAAACCAUUUUUACACACCAACGUACUCGGGGCCUCCAUCCAAUGGUAUUUUGGUAGUAUUUCAUGAUUUCAUUAGGUCACGGAUCGAGUCUUCUCUUUACGAACGUUCCUACAAGAUUAGGUCCAGCAGCUCAUUGGACCUGGACGCGUUCACCCUGAGCUUUAAAGUAUACCUUUUGGGGGACUACUCCUCCAGUUUCAGGAAUUUCAUGUCUCGCAACGACUACAACUUGCAGUCGCCAAACAUUUUACUUUACCCGUACAAUAAUAAGUUGUCAGUGCGCGUAUUCACUACAACCGGCGACAUCGAGGGUCUGUCGUCCAACUCGUCGCUUCCUCCGAGGCGCUGGACGCAGGUGACGGUGGUCUGCAGUGAAGAGUCCGUGAAGAUAUACAUAAACGGCAUGCUUGACAAUUCUAUUAAACUUCGGGGAAAACUCCACAAGGGCUCCGGGGACCUAGUGAUGGGCCGGGCGCUCAAGUACGAGGGGUUCAGGGGCUACGUCGACGACCUGAGACUGUACAACUACGCUAUGGGAUCCCACGAGGUGGCGGCCUUCGUCUCAGACUCACUCACUGGGUUCGACAACUCCUUUCGAGUUCAGCUCGGCUGUACUUUCUGCGAGCACAGUGCGGCAAUGUCGAACGGGUUCUGCCCCUCUGGAUACAAACUGUGCUCUCUGGACCAACUUUACAUCAGCGGAGCCCACAUCGCAAGGGUGAACGGCUGGCUCCACUCGAGUAACCAAAUCUGGUAUAAGGACUUAAAAAACUUCGGAGAUGAGAACAGGGCUGCCUUAUGCUGUUCAUAA